GCUGACCGCGGGCUGGAGCGCCGCCGCAUCCCCCGAGCGACUGGGCUGGGCAGGAGCGCAGCCGAAGCACCCCCUAGCUAUACCCGGGUCCGAGCAGGAGCGGUCUGGGGGGAGAGCCCGGACCCCGGCAUCUGGCAGUUCAAUUACAGGUUUGACUUUAAUUUCCAAGAUCGCGACCCUCCCGCCCAGCCCCGAUCUUUCUUCCCUCCCUCCGGCCUUGGUCGCUGGAUGAAGCUGGGGCUGGGCUUGGUCCCAGGAGCUUGGAAAGAGCGCGUUCUCCGCCCCGCGGCGUUGCUCCGGGGACCUCCGAGCCGCGCGCCCCGGUCAUGGUGCGGCUGAGCCCCGCGCUUGGGUGAGGCGGCGGCGCGGUUCCGAGCCCAGCGGGCCCGCCCUGCGAGGCAUUUUCCCCCGAGGAGCCAAGGGCACCGGACGCGGGGCUCCGCGCCCUCCUGCUGGGCUGCGCGCAGGGGGCGAGCAGCCGCCGCGAUGUUCAGCUGGCUGGGUACCGACGACCGCCGGAGGAAGGACCCCGAGGUCUUCCAGACGGUGAGCGAGGGGCUCAAGAAACUCUACAAGAGCAAGCUGCUGCCCCUGGAAGAGCAUUACCGCUUCCACGAGUUUCACUCGCCCGCCCUGGAGGAUGCCGAUUUUGACAACAAGCCCAUGGUCUUACUGGUGGGCCAGUACUCCACUGGGAAGACCACUUUCAUCAGGUACCUGCUGGAACAGGAUUUUCCAGGCAUGAGGAUUGGGCCCGAGCCGACCACCGACUCCUUCAUUGCUGUGAUGCAGGGUGAGGUGGAGGGGGUCAUCCCUGGGAACGCUCUGGUGGUGGAUCCUAAGAAACCCUUCCGGAAACUCAACGCCUUUGGCAAUGCCUUCUUGAACAGGUUCGUGUGUGCCCAGCUGCCCAACCCCGUGCUGGAGAGCAUCAGCAUCAUCGACACGCCAGGCAUCCUCUCUGGGGAAAAGCAGAGGAUCAGCCGAGGGUAUGACUUUGCUGCCGUCCUCGAGUGGUUCGCCGAGCGGGUUGACCGCAUCAUCCUGCUCUUUGACGCCCACAAGCUGGACAUCUCUGAUGAGUUCUCAGAAGUCAUCAAGGCCCUCAAGAACCACGAGGACAAGAUGCGGGUGGUGAUGCGGGUGUACGGGGCCCUCAUGUGGUCCCUGGGGAAGAUAGUGAACACCCCGGAGGUGAUCCGGGUCUACAUCGGCUCCUUCUGGUCCCACCCCCUUCUCAUCCCUGACAACCGGAAGCUCUUUGAGGCCGAGGAGCAGGACCUGUUCAAGGACAUUCAGAGUCUGCCCCGAAACGCUGCCCUGCGCAAGCUCAAUGACCUCAUCAAGAGAGCCAGGCUGGCCAAGGUCCACGCCUACAUCAUCAGCUCUCUGAAGAAGGAGAUGCCCUCCGUGUUCGGGAAGGACAACAAGAAGAAGGAGCUGGUGAACAACCUGGCUGAGAUUUACGGCCGGAUCGAGAGGGAGCACCAGAUCUCGCCUGGGGACUUUCCCAACCUGAAGAGGAUGCAGGACCAGCUGCAGGCCCAGGACUUUAGUAAAUUCCAGCCCCUGAAAAGCAAGCUGCUGGAGGUGGUGGAUGACAUGCUGAGCCACGACAUCGCCCAGCUCAUGGUGCUGGUGCGCCAGGAGGAGUCGCAGCGGCCCGCCCCGAUGGUGAAGGGUGGCGCGUUCGAGGGCACCCGGCAUGGCCCCUUCGGGCACGGCUACGGGGAGGGGGCUGGGGAGGGCAUCGGUGAUGCUGAGUGGAUCGUGGCCAGGGACAAGCCCAUGUACGACGAGAUCUUCUAUACCCUGUCACCGGUGGACGGCAAGAUCACGGGUGCCAAUGCCAAAAAGGAGAUGUUGCGCUCCAAGCUGCCCAACAGCGUGCUGGGCAAGAUCUGGAAGCUGGCGGACACUGACAAGGAUGGCAUGCUGGAUGACGAGGAGUUCGCACUGGCCAACCACCUCAUCAAGGUCAAGCUGGAGGGGCAUGAGCUGCCCAACGAGCUGCCCGCCCACCUCCUGCCGCCAUCCAAGAGGAAAGUUGCCGAGUGAUGGGAGGAGGAGGUUCAGAGCAGGCAGGUGUUACAGGAGAUGGGAGAGCCGGACACACACACACACACACACACACACACUCACGGGCACAGAUCUGGAGAACCGCAC